AUGCCGCGGUGGUGGGAGAAGCCAGGCACCUAUGCUUGCCACAUCGUGUACCCUUGUUCUCCGACCUCGCCUCCGCCGCCCGUUCACAAGUCAUAUAUGUCCCAUUCAAAUUCAUCACCUCGUGAGAAGGACAGAGCCCCCGCCUUGUCGCCCUGCUAUCCUUUCAUGUUGUUCGAUGCUCAGUCCAGCCUCGACCCUCAUGGGCCAGACUUUCCGCCUGCCGCCCUCAGCCUGCCACCUGGUGACACCAUGUGCCGGACGAUCAGCCUUUUGCGCGGUGAGCCCUCAGGUGAUCUUGGUGGGCUCUUCCACCCCGUGGCGUGCCAGCAUCUGCUCGUUGUGCGCCACCAUCUCACUCUGGGAGUCCUUCGCUGCCUUGCCGGCACACAGCGCCUGCGCCAAGACAUGCCAGGACUGCUGAUCACGCCUCUGAGCUCGCAUCGGCGCUCCAGCACCAUCGAGCACGGGCUGCUACCAGACACCCAAGCGCGGUGGCUCUUCAAGCAGAUCAGCUCCGGUUUUGACUGCUCCCUCCUUCUCAACAUUGUCCACCGUGGCCUCGAAUGCAAGAAUGUGGAGUUGCCGCAGAUCAGAACUUGCCCUCGCUGUGUCAUACCCUUCGUGCCCGGGAACCAGCAACUUAUCCACUCCUGCGCUGCCUGCGCUGACCCCGAAACGACCUGCCCAUGCUCUGGUCUUGACCUCAAACCCUUUAACCCUGCCGACAAGGGCACGGUGAUCACCUACCGUGCCGAGUCGACUGGCGACCUCCAGCGUGUUCCCAAGUGUAUCAACGGCAUUAUUGUCGAGCUUGGCGUGCGCAAGGAGGCUGAUGAGCACGAGAACAAGGUUGACACUGACAUUGAGGGGUCCGCUGCGCAUGGUCUACGUGGUCUCGCCACUUCCGCCGGCAUGGCGGGCAGUGACUUCGAGUGUGAGGGUAACAGCGAGUCGACCUCCUCGACCUCCUUCCCAUCUGCAACCCUCCUCGUACCAACCAAAAGCACGCGCCGCUCAACAAGAUGGCUCUUGGCGCGACCAGCAUUGCCGAUGCCUUCCCCAAGCACAAGUAUGAUGUCACCAAGUGUCUCUCACUUGGUCCGAGUUGUUAUGAGUGGUGACGUCCCGGUGAUGCCUGUCCACACUGACCUUAGUUUAGCCACCGAGCACGCUGCUGAUGAUGCGACAUGCCCGUUGCGCCGCGAGCACUGUCUUGGCGCAACCCGAGUAAUCAGGAGACCUGAGACUGCGCCGCGGCAGUACAUCCCCUGGCAUGACAUAACGUAUAUCAAGCCAGCUGUUUACAUGGGAGGUCGCGCCAGACCGAUUUGGCGCCGAUUUGCACCACAUUCGCGCAGGGGGGGUUUCCUGAUGUACCUUGCGGUACUUGGUGUAGUGAUCGUUGCCGUAAGCCGUGACCAGUCCACAUUGGUCUUCAAGGUGCUGCCAGUGGGCGCGACAUGCAGGAUCUGGCCUGCCCAUUUCUUUGUCAAGGCUCGUUUCAGUGUCACCCAGCAGUGGCACUGUAAUGGGAGAAGGUGGGUGGACAAGUACCUCACGGUACUCACCCUUGUAGAGCUUGAUAGCGGUGCGGCACCAGACGUGGAGAGGUGGGACGUGUCGGUAUUACACGACUGCUAUGUCGUUCUGUGGUGUGAAUGGACCACUGUCCCUUACGACGACCCUCAGGGUGGUUGCAAUUGGCGCGGGACAGUCUGCCUGGCAGCUCACUGUGAUAUGUGUGGUUUAGACAGUCACAUACUGGAUCCAUAUGGUAACUAUGAAUCCACUGCUGGCUUUCAACCACCUCACUCGCACCCAGCUGAAGCCGCAGGAGCUCUGCUGCUUUGUUUGACUUCUACUAUGCCUCUCGACUCUCCUGCACCCUCACCAUUUGUUGCACCCUUGCUGCCUGCCCACGCAACCUCACCUUGUCCUCGCACCUGGCCCCUCACCUGCUCUUGCACCCUUGCGAAGUUGCCUGCUGCGUGCAAUGCUCAUGCGCAGUCAGCUGCGGCAUCGAGUCUGCCUGCAGUGGUCUGGGGCAUUGCUCUGCCCCCCCCCCCCGGGGCGAGUGACAACCUCGCACUGCAGCUGACCCUCGCCAAUGUGCUGCACCCAACAGCCGCACGGCUGCCUGGAGUCACACCCCCAUCUUGGUGCUCCCAGAAACUAGCGCUGCCAGCUGCUCAGGACUACACGUCCCUCAUGCUCCCAUCAAAGUCCAUCCUCACUGGCAGCAUCCGUGCGGGGGUCAUGUGCUCCUUCGGCUUUGGUCAAGUAGGCAGCACCUGCCUGAUCGUCAAUCCGCGCUACCUGCUUGGCACCCUUGAGCUGUCUGCCUACAUGAACUACAAGGCGAGGCACCAGGCUGGCAGACAAGGCGAUGGGCAAGACAGCAAUCAGCAACUCGCUCAUGCGCAAGAUGGUUGGCCCGCCGUUCACAAAGGAGGUCGAGGCGAGUAUGAUGCUGAACCCGCUCGCGCGCACGCUGCGACUGGUAGCUGCACGUUCUUGUAG